AUGGAAAAUGUGGAGAAUUCGGGAGUUGCAACUCGAAUAACUCAAAUUUGUAGUUGCUUGAGGGGGUUUGAAGCAAGAAAUAGCCAAGAAUGGAGCAAAGGAAAUCGCAGUAGCGGGUGUGUUAGGAGAACACCAUUGCAGUGUGGCACUCUAGGAGGCAAACAAGACGGAUUUCUUAAGUUAAGUAAUAUGAAAGUGCCUGAUAAUUCUGAUUGGGUGUACGCGGAUAAUGAAGACCAUUGCAAGAGUCAGUGUUUACGAAAUUGCUCGUGUUUAGCUUAUGCUUAUUAUUUUGGUACUGGGUGUAUGGUAUGGAACACAAGUUUGAUUGAUAUACAAGAAUUCUCCUCCGCUGGUGUUGAUCUUUUCGUUCGUUUAGCUCAUUCAGAGCUAGGUAAAAACCUAUACAUUCCUCUAGUCAAGACAAUUCUUUUUUCAUCUGUGCAUCUUUUUCGAGCCGAGGGACGCUUUGGCGAACUUUCCUUUAGGGGGUAUGAGUUGCCGCCUUCUUAUGAUACUUUAUCAAGUGGCAGAUGGAAAGCAAUCCUAGCUAUAACACUGGUGCUGGGAUUAGUUGCGUGUGCUGUCAUAACGUGUUGGUUAUGGAGACGCAAAUGGAGACACUCUGCACGAAAGAACAAGGCCAUUCGUAAUGAGAGACAAGUGUUCAACAUCAAUGAUGUGAAAAUACAAGAUUUACCAUUGCUUAAAUUUGAAGAAUUGGCAGCUGCAACUAAUAACUUUGAAGCUUGUAACAAGCUUGGACAGGGUAUAUAUAUAUGUGUGUAUGGACAAGAAAUCGCUGUCAAGAGACUUUCGAGAUUAUCAGGACAAGGUCUAGAAGAGUUUAUGAAUGAACUGGAAGUUAUUUCGAAACUCCAACAUCGGAAUCUUAUCAGACUGCUGGGCUGUUGUGCAGAACGAGAAGAAAAAAUGUUGGUUUAUGAAUACAUGCCGAAUAAGAGCUUGGAUGCUUUUCUUUUUGAUCCUGUACUUCGGAAUAAUCUAGACUGGAAGAAACGCUUGAAUAUUAUUGAAGGAAUAUGUCGUGGCAUCCUUUACCUGCAUAGAGAUUCAAGAUUGAUAAUUAUUCAUAGAGACCUUAAACCGAGCAACAUUUUGUUGGAUGAAGGUCUCAAUGCUAAAAUAUCUGACUUUGGCAUGGCAAGGAUAUUUGAAGCCAAAGAAAAUCAAGGCAACACCAAAAGAAUUGCUGGUACUUUUGGUUACAUGUCUCCAGAGUAUGCUAUGGAAGGCUGUUUCUCAGAAAAGUCAGAUGUGUAUAGCUUCGGAGUACUGCUCUUGGAGAUCGUAAGUGGUAGAAAGAACACAACUCAGUCACCCUGUGGGCCCACUCGCGUGGACACACACGGGGCACCUGUGGACUCUGGCCACAAACCCACGGUUACUUGUAUAAACUCCGUUUUGAUUACUGAUAUUGACAAUGAUCAAAACUUUCAGGCAAGUAUAUUGCAGAAUGAGGGGAACUUUCUGUCACUGAUUGAUCCAACAAUCAAUGAACCAUGUUUCCAAGGGGAGAUUUUGAGGUGCAUUGAAGUGGGAUUAUUGUGUGUUCAAGAAAAUCCUGAACAAAGGCCCUUACUUUCCACCGUCAUUUCAAUGCUUGAUUGUGAAAGUAGGGAACCUAUUUUCACCCAAGGAGAUAAUUUGUAUCCUCCAAGGUUUUCCCAAGAAUAUGACCAAGUAUCUACUUCAGUGAACUUCAUCUCCUUCAGUUCUUACAUUAUUGGUCGAUAGCAAGAUAUAUCGGGUAUGAUGAUGAUGCACUAUCAUACACAUUCAUGACAU